AAAGGGCUCUCCCUCACCCCCAUCAGCAUAGACACUUGGGCAGGGAGUGUUCAAAGCCAAAGGGCAGACUCGGACAUAGGAGGCAGCUUCCCUGCCUCAGUUUACCCCCUGCGUGCAUCCAGGCACCUCCCUCCCCGGCUGCCCUGGGGCCCGGGUCCCCAGAGGCCCGGGGUCCCUACAGUGUCUGAGGGAGCGGAAGGCGGAGCCCUGAGGGGUGGCGGACCGAGUCCUGCCAGCGCCGGCUGGGGGCGGGGCCCGGAGGCCCGCGCUGCUAGGUCCCCGCCCGCUGGUUUCCUCCGGGGUCAGCCAGGCUCCUUAUCAGGCGCGGCCAGGCAGCCUGGCCCUUAUCUGCACUGGGCCAGCAUCCUCCGGCCGCUGCGCCGCCAGGGGUGAGAGGGAGGAAACCGGGCCGCCGGGGGCGGGGAGAAGGCGGGCCGGCCCGAGAGCCGCUCACUUUCCCUGGGGGGGACCUACGCGGAGACCUCGGCUAUCCUGGCCCUCCGAAGCCCACGAGGAGGCGCGGCCCAACGCCGGGGCCUGGAGCAUUGAGGCCGGACCCUAGCGAGACAGCAGAGCCUGGCCUGACGCUGGAAACCACACCCUGGCCCAGACUGCCAGCCCUGACGGGACAGAGCCAGGGUACUCACCAGGCUGCAGGAACAGUGCUGGGGUGAGUACCCCCACGUCGGGGUCCAUGUGCCCGCCUCAGGCACAGGCAGAGGUGGGCCCCACCAUGGCUGAGAAGGCAGAGAUGGUGUGUGCCCCCAGCCCAGCACCUGCCCCACCCCCUAAGCCUGCCUCACCUGGGCCCCCGCAGGUGGAGGAGGUGGGCCACCGAGGAGGCUCCUCGCCCCCCAGGCUGCCACCUGGUGUACCAGUGAUCAGCCUGGGCCACAGCAGGCCCCCAGGGGCAGCCAUGCCCACCACAGAGCUGGGCACCCUGCGGCCCCCGCUGCUGCAACUCUCCACCCUGGGAGCUGCCCCACCCACUUUGGCCCUGCACUACCACCCUCACCCCUUCCUCAACAGUGUCUACAUUGGGCCAGCAGGACCUUUUAGCAUCUUCCCUAGCAGCCGGCUGAAGCGGAGACCAAGCCACUGUGAGCUGGACCUGGCUGAGGGGCAGCAGCCCCAGAAGGUGGCCCGGCGCGUGUUCACCAACAGCCGGGAGCGCUGGCGGCAGCAGAACGUUAACGGCGCCUUCGCCGAGCUGAGGAAGCUGCUGCCGACGCACCCGCCCGACCGGAAGCUGAGCAAGAACGAGGUGCUCCGCCUAGCCAUGAAGUACAUCGGCUUCCUGGUGCGGCUGCUGCGCGACCAAGCCGCAGCUCUGGCCGCAGGCCCCACCCCUCCCGGGCCCCGCAAACGGCCGGUGCACCGGGUCCCAGACGACGGCGCCCGCCGGGGAUCCGGACGCAGGGCCGAGGCGGCAGCGCGCUCGCAGCCCGCGCCGCCGGCCAACCCCGACGGCAGCCCCGGUGGAGCGGCCCGGCCCAUCAAGAUGGAGCAAACCGCUUUGAGCCCAGAGGUGCGGUGACCGCAUGCGGCAGCACCUCUGAGCCGGAGGGCACCAGGGACUCGGCCCAGGGCCGUCGAGGAAAGGGCAGUGGACGUGCUGCGCACGUUCGGGAGCGAACUCUCAGGAAGAAGGACCCGUGAAGACGUCAGGGGCAAGGUCUCGGGGGUCCGGAAGAGUGAUCAUCGACCCCCAAGGGAUCCGCAGACCCUUAAAAAAAUCACCCACCACCCUCUGGAAGUGGCCUUGCCUGGGUCCCCUUCCCAGGGGCGAGGUCGGCAAACCAACAUGGCAGAGCAGUCAUAGGA